GUGGGGAGAGGCGACCGAGAGAUUCUGCGAGGCAGGACUCCAGGAGUGACUGGCAGCCUGGAUCCCCGUGAAGAGAACGACAGAGAGAACGAGAAAGCGAGCAUAGGAAACAAGAGCUCUAUAUCGAGUAGGGGAAAUUGAGAUUUGUCAGGUAGCCAGGCAGGCCGACUGACAGAAGUCAGGACAGGAAGACUGAGCAGGCGCUGAGAACCUCGCGCAGGUCCCUCCCGCCUUUCCCCUUGAAAAGACAGGUUUUUGCUUAUCUGUGGCGCCAGAGAGAGAGAGAGAGAGAGAGAGAGAGAGAGAGAGAGAGAGAGAGAGAGAGAGAGAGAGAGAGAGAGAGAGAGAGAGAGAGAGAGAGAGUGAGAGAGCGAGCAAGCGAGAGAGAGCGAGAGCGAGCAAGCGAGAGAGAGCGAGAGCGAGAGCGAGAGAGAGAGAGAGAGAGGAUGCAAGGCUCUGCAGAUUACAUCUUCAGCUAAGAUUUCUCAGCUAGGGAAGAAAGAUCAGCCAAAUAUUGAGAAGGGGUGAAGAUAGCUACCCUGUCCCCAUCCCCUCCCCCCAGACCAAACUCGGGCGCCAAACCCAGCCCUUCCCUACCACCUCACUUCCUACUCCAUUCUAGCAUGGUGGCUGUAUGGACAGUCUGACAGAACAGAGACUGACAUCUCCCAAUCUACCAGCCCCCCACCUUGAACACUACAGUGUUCUGCAUUGCACCAUGACCCUGGAUGUGCAAACUGUAGUUGUAUUUGCAGUGAUUGUAGUCCUCCUGCUUGUCAAUGUCAUACUCAUGUUUUUCCUGGGAACCCGCUGA